CCGCGCGCUAGGGCUGUGUCGCGCCACUGCACAACUUGCUCCACACGACGAACUUACUUCCAGUUUGUGUUUUGUUACGCGAAAAUACACAAAACUUUCGUGUUCAACUUGCGUAAAAUUUAAUAUAACUUUACCGGAUCAACACGAGAAGUGAUGGACGAGAUUAAUGCCUGUUAACAAAUAAUUUGUUAAUUAAACUGACCAGGUUUGAGUGGAAUCCAUGUUCAGUGAGUGUGGCGAGGAUGACAACCGCACGUUUAUUUAUUACAGAUCUGUUCCAUGAACUAUGACCAGUUACAGAAAUAUUUUUUCAUUUUAACAUAUUGAUGUAGAUAAAACUGGCCAGUCAAAAAAUGUCGGAUUGUAAACGAUAGUGAUCAAAAUGAGAAGAUUAAAGUGGGUGUCGAGGUUGGAUAGCGGCGGUAGGUGGCAGCACCGAGCAGUGACACGUUGAGGCAAGAUGGCGUCGCAUGCGCAGGGCGGCCCGCUGGCGCGCCUUCUCAUACUGGCUGUAUUACAUGUCAAUUUUAUUGCUUUAGGUCUGGAGCCGGACUUUUUGUAUCCACUGGAGAACGUGACCAUCGCCCAAGGUCGGGACGCGAUGUUUACCUGCGUGGUGAAUAACCUUGGCGGUUACAGGGUGAGUGGCGACUCCGCCACAGCCAGGGUAGCGUGGAUCAAAGCGGACACGAAGGCGAUUCUGGCAAUACACGAGCACGUGAUUACGAACAAUGCGCGGCUGAGCGUCACGCACAAUGACUACAACACGUGGACGCUCAACAUUAGAGGUGUGAAGCGAGAGGACAGAGGACAAUAUAUGUGCCAAGUUAACACUGACCCAAUGAAAAUGCAGACUGCAUUUUUGGAAGUAGUAAUCCCUCCAGACAUAAUAUACGAAGAAACUUCUGGAGACAUGAUGGUACCAGAAGGUGGUUCCGCCAAGCUGGUCUGCAAAGCCAGGGGAUAUCCUCCGCCCAAGAUAGUUUGGCGCAGAGAGGACGGAGGAGACAUUAUAUCUAGAGGAGGUCCACAAGGAAAGACGAAAGUAACAUCUCUGGAAGGAGAGAUCGUCAACCUAACAAAGGUCACGCGUUCAGAAAUGGGCGCAUACUUGUGCAUCGCAGCCAAUGGGGUGCCUCCCUCCGUCAGCAAGAGAAUAAUGCUACAUGUACACUUCCAUCCACUGGUACAAGUACCAAAUCAACUUGUGGGUGCUCCGACAGGCACUGACGUCACUCUGCAGUGCCAUGUUGAAGCGUCACCUAAGGCCAUCAACUAUUGGACUAGAGAGAAUGGUGAAAUGAUAAUAUCAAACGACAAAUACCAGAUGACGGAGAUCAACAGCUCUGCAUACAGCGUGCAGAUGCGUCUCGUUAUCAGGAACAUCCAGAGAAGUGACCUCGGAGGAUACAAGUGCAUAUCUAAGAACUCUAUAGGCGACGCCGAGGGCAACAUUAGGUUAUAUGAAAUGGAGUUACCAAAUCGCAAAUCGCGAGACGACGAUGAUCGCGACUACUCCAUCGAAGAAACGAACGAUGUUCGUUCCAGUCUCCAGGGUCCACUUCGGGAAGGUGGACCAAGAGAUGAAGAUACCAGCUUCUUAGGCGGAGGCGGACCGGCCGCCGCUGCCGCGCCCGCCCUCACCGUGAGCGCUCCCUUUUUAAUAACGACCUUAGUCCUCGCCACAUGCUAAACUUUUACUUAAAGCCAUGUGCAAAGUUAAGACUCUGGCAAAGUUACUCAUUGUAUUUUUAUAACAGUCUCGACUUACGUACGUAUAGGGUAAAGGUGCAUUACUUUAAGAUACGUAUUAAUUCAUCUUUUAUUUGAGAGAUUCAUAAUACUGGAGAACUUAGCACUCGGAUCCAUUUCAAACGUAGUGUUAGUUCAUAGUGUCGUUUUAUUUUGAAACUCAAAUAAUCGUUUUUCAAAGACUCUGAAAUUGUAUACGAACUUAUAAUACCGCCCAGAAGUCAUAUUUUAUUGAGAUUUAUACUACUUAAUCAUCAAUUUGCUGUCUCGUGUAACAUUAAUCAGUGUAAUUUGUCACGUUUCGUAUAUCACAUACUGAAUUGAAUUAUUUCUUUCGUGUGGGCUUGUCUUAAAAUUGUGCAUGGCUCAGCAGUGUUCGGCUAAUAGGAGUGUGUCUUACUAAUUGGACGUAAGACUGUGUAUCAUUUAGAUUAAAGACUAUAGUACUAAGUACGGUACUUAGUGAGGUACUAAAUGCGAAGUGUAGUGCUAAUAAUAGCACUUUUUAUAGGAAAUGGUGAAUGAACUAUAAGUAACUAGCAUUUCAUCAAAUGUCAGCUUGUAACAGUGUAAAUGCUUAUCGAUAUGUACGAAGAAAUUAAUUUUUUACUGACAAAUAUUCCUUGAAUAUUACAGAUUGAUUACAAAUUGCAGUACAAUAGAAAUAGCUACAUAUAUCCCAAACAAUCUAUGUACAUCUGAAACAAUAACACGUGGAUCUUUCGAUUGAUGCCGAAGCUGUUUCAUUGAAUUUCUAAUUUUUGAGUUAUCUGUUUAAAAAUAUUUAAGAGCAACAAGAGCUCACAGAAAAAAAUAAAUAUUUAACAUUACAAGCUAAUGUUGGUAUCUUGCUUAUCCAUCGUGGUAUAAUGUAUUGUUAAAUUGAUAAAAACCUUAUUUUAAUUAAACAUUGACUGUCACUGAAUAUGUUCUUAUAUGUCCUCUAUAACUGUUGUACAAUACUUUUCACUAAAAUACGAAUUUCAUUUGUGUUGCGAUUGAGUAUGUAACCAAUCAGUGUCAUAAUAAUUGUAUAUGUAUAAUCAUAAACUGUUAAUGUAUAUGUACAUAAUAUAAUGUAGCUACGCGGUUAUAAACGUUAGUAUAUUGUUUGCUCAUUUAUUAUUUGUUAUUAUUAUAAUAUAUAGAUGUACGUAUUAUGAAAGAAAUGUAUGUAAAUCAGAAACGCUAUGAAGUAUAGGAGAAAAUUUUGUAAAUUGUUAAACGUUUUUAAUAUUGUUGAAUUUAUGAGAAGAAUAAAAUUAAUUUGUAAACUGUAUCUAAGGUAAUGAAUGGAAGUUUCGUAGUCAUGUUUUACGCGGAUGUCUUGUGUUUUUUGUUUUUUUUUAUUUUUGAACUGGUUAAGAAUUGUGUAUCUAUCCUACAGCCAGUGUUUAUUUACUUAUUGGCCUUAUGUAAAUGUAUGAUAUUGCCUGCGAAACAAAUAUAAACGAAGUAAAACUUU